GGCUCUCUCUUGAAGGAUGCGCUGUGCUGUGUCUCGGCAUGCGCACACGUAGAGUAGAGUCAAUCACAUUAUGAACGAAUUGCAGUCAGUCAGUGGAUCGGAUCGGUGGGCUUACAGGACAGAACCGCCACCGCCACCGCCACCACCAGCACUAGCGGCAGCAGCACUAAUCUCUCCCCACGCCCAUGUCAUGUGUAUGCCUCGAGUCCAUCCAUCCAUCCAUUCCAUACGUAGCAAAAUGGUUGAUCGAUUAUGACAAGUUAUGAAAUCACCCUCUACACAACCAUCCAUCCAUCCAUCCAACUACACUUACACACACAUGGGAAGAAAGAAACACUGGCGCAUCGCGGAGUGAGUGUUAUGUCCUGUUGUGAUAGCCAUGUCGAAUGGAAAAAGACGACGAGAGCUGGGCGUGGCGUAUUAUGUGUGGGAGAGAGGAAGACCCUGCCCUGUACAGCAAGUGCAUUCCCCCAUGAAAACCGUCUGGCUGGCCGCCUUGUCUUACUCUCUUAGUCAACACUGUGUGUGUGUGGGCUAUUCGGGCUCGAUCAGUCACAGAAAAGAUGGAUGCCAAUUCAGGAAGGAAGCGCAGAAAAGAUCGAUGUGGGGAGGGAGGUGCAACGACAAAGAAGGCAGGAUACACGCAGCUGGCUGAUCGACCGUACCGUAGCGUAGCAGCAAGCAAAAGUGUGUAGUACUUACCGGCACAUCGAUCAUGUAUUGACCCUCCCUCCCACUCAUGUUAUGUGAAUGCAGAAAGCCAAGCAAGGAAGGAAGAGAGCUAGGCAGGCAGGCAGGCAGGCCAGCAGUUAGAACGCCUUGGUGAAUGCCUCGCUGACGAUGUGUCGCACUACGUGCUGCCCCUCCCCCUGCACAUCGAGCUUCCCGUGCCACACGAUGUUAGUGUGGGCCCUCAGAAACGACGGGAAGAACACCACAUACCGCCGCCAGUGCAGCGUGUUGAGCCGCUGCAGCAUCUGACGCACGUGUGCCGACCGCCCCGAGUCGUCCCACGUCCGGAACGGCUCGCGAUCCCACACACGACACGCCAGGUCGAGACGCUCUGUCGGCACCUCCACUGGCCGGCCCUGCACAUACCAACACACACAGCACAGAGAGAGGAGGAAGAGACCAAUGCAUUCAUUGACAGCAGUCGUGUGCAGUGAAGGGGGCUCCACUGCACUGCAUGUCUGUCCUUGGCGUACCGGCAGCAUCUUGGCUUGCUCGGCGAGGUCCUUGGGUAUGUCGUCGAGCAGUAGAGCGGUCCUGCAUCCGACGAGGGGGUCGUUGGCGAGAUUGCCGUAGGCCACCAGGUUGUUGAACCUCGCCAUGGCCAUGAGGCUCUUUGCCUCAGUGAGCGUCAGCAGCCGGUCAUUGUUGACCAGCAAAUCCGACCCGGUCCGCCGCUUCAGGAUGUGGGCACCCACACGCACCGCGGGGCUGCACUCGCGAAUCCCCACGUGGGGCGUCGCUAUCGAGAUGAAGUUCUUCAGCGACUUGUCGAGCAGGAAGCCGUUCCUCUCGAGACGCACCACACACGCUCGGGCGAUGACGCCGCCGAACGAGUGGCCGAUGAACGAUAUGGCGCUGUCGGGCAGCACGUGGUCCUGCACGAACAGCGCCAGCCGCGACGCACAGGCGUCGACGCCCUCGCUGGUGCGGCCGACGUUGACGCUGGGGAUGAGGACACACACCUCCGGAUGCCUGGCCUUGAGCUGGGCAUGUACGUUGGUCCAGUCGGUCUCGUCCCCGUCCACACCAUGCACCAGCACCACAAAGUGCCGGUGCACCAGGGCUCUCUUCCUAGGCCGCCUGAUCUCCAGAAAGUCCGUUGUGAAGCCGCCGACAUGCACAGGCUCGUACUGCUUGUCGACGUCCUCAACCCAGUCCCCAAUCGUGCGCGACAGCGGCGCGUCUGAGCGGACCCGGUGCAGUACUGGCGGCUUGACGUCGCCGAUUCUCGGGCCGCUGGUUGGGCUGGCGUCCUGGGAGUGGCUGCGCUCUGGGUCAGACGAGGGGGGCGAGGUGUGUGAGCCGGGGAGGGAUGUGGUGGACUCUGAAGGGACGUGUGUGUGCUCGGCGAUGUCGGCGUCGAGUUUGGCGCCCAGCUUCUCCACCUGAUGAACACACAGCACAGCGGCACGUAAGUACCCUCCGUCAUCACCAUCUGUGUCAGUCAGAGGGGUGUGAAUCAAAUCACUGACCUCUGUGAGUGCCAUUCGAGUGCGGCGUCGGCGUCUACAGGCGGCGCUACGCCAGUUCACAGCCACAUUGCUGUUCCAACAACACGCCUUCGCCGCCUUGGCCUCCAGUGCGACAGUCAGCAACGAGAGCAGCACAGUAAGCAAGAGGGUGUACAAGACAAACGGACGGCCCGCCACUGUGCUGCUCCCAGAACUGUGGCGGGACAGACAACGAAGCUGCUGGCAGGCUCACAGCUAUGGG